UCAUCACUUCCCUGCUGCUGUUAGAGGAACUGCCGCUUCUUCCUGCCUCCCAGGCUGCCCAGCGGCGUCGGUUGCCGGGGAACGCUGGCGCCCGCGGAAGGGAUGGCGGGAGCAAUCGGCUUAGGUGCUGGGGCCGGAGUUGAGUUGGUGAAGAACAACUCCGAUUCGUCAUGAAACAACUGAAAGGCAAGGGGGCUGGUGGCGGCCGUGGCCGCAAGAAGAGAGGUCUGAGUGACAUUUCUCCAUCUACAAGCUUACCACCUCUAGUUGAAGGCCAAUUACGCUGCUUUCUUAAACUUACUGUUAAUAAAAUCGUAUGGAAGAUUGCAAAGCCUCCUGCUUGUGUGCUUGUCCGAGUGAGGUGGUGGGGGGAAACAUCAGAUGGGACGCUCUUUUGUCCCAGGGAUGCAUUGCAGACUGAACCAAAAGCUGUGAGAACAACUACACGCUAUGCUAUUCGCUGUGGCCCAAAACAGUUUACCUCUUACCUAACAGAUAUGGCUGUGCUGGUGCUGGACGUGAUCACCAAAUUUGAUCAUCUUCCAGUUGGUAGAGUUCAAAUCAAUGGACUAGCUCAACUUUCUCCAACCCAUCACAUCAAUGGAUUUUUUGCCAUUGUUUCACCAACAUCUAAGAAACUAGGAGAACUCCAGGUCUCACUUGCCUUGGAACCUCUGUCAGAAACUUAUGAUGGCUACAAUCCUCUUCCAACUACUGACAUGACAGAAAAUGUGCUUUUAUCUGAGAAGAGGUUCAGAGAAAACACUGACUCCAGCAAUAUCCACUCUCUGAUCCCAUCAAUGCAAAGUGAUCAUCCUAAGAUACCUACCAUCAAAACUGAUGAAAAAGAGUUAGCAGCCAAUUGUAGUAGAUCAACCACUCCAAGGGGAAAGGACCACUUGUACUUUGCAGAGAACACUGACACAGUAAAGGACUCUUUCUUGGGACGACAGCACCACCUGAAUUCAGAGCAGAAUUUAGACGCUAUGACUCUGAAAGCCAAAGCUCCACGAAAGCAGGUGUCCCUUCUCAACAGCUCUGAAUUGCAGCCUCAAAUGAGAACAGUUGACAGAAGUCGCAGUGACUCAUGCAUUCUUUCUUCAAACAACCCCCCUACCAAGGAUCUUCUUUCAGUUCUAUUAGAACAAGGCAAUAAGCUACGUAAUGCGAUGGUGAUUUCUGCAAUGAAGUCAAGUCCAGAUACUAGCAUGUUGUUGGACGAAGUUCAUCCUUCUGUGAAGGAAGAUUUUCUUACAGCAUCAAAACAAAUCAAAGCCUUGCCUAAAACUCAAUUUAAAGACCACAUUAAAGACUCCAUCCUCCUACCAGCUGAGAAUACCUUUUGGAAGCACGAUACAAAAGCUGAUACCAGAGCCAUACAGCUGCUACUAGACAGUGCUGAAUUAUCCCACGGUCAUAACUGGGAUGGACUAGGCUCUCCUCCAGAUUCUCCAUCUCCUGGGAGUGAUGUGUAUUGCAGCAGUGAGCCAAAUGACCCUCACUAUGACCAGAGUCUCCUGGAGAACUUAUUUUACACAGCAUCUAAAUCUGAUUCUAGUGAUAUCUUCAGUGAAGAUGAUGAUAAUGUCCCUUCUCAAAAAAUGAGUCAAUCAAAAGCUCUAGCCAGAUCUCCUAAGGCUUGGGGGUCAAAUAAUGACAAACUGAAGAAGAGGACAGCAGACAAGAAAACAAGAAAUUUAACUGAACAACAGAUGCCAUCAGAAACUCCACAAGAUGCCCAAGUGAUGACACUAAGUGUGGAUAGAUUGGCACUUCUAGGUAGAACACAUUCAGUCAGAGUCAUCAUCAAAACCAUGGGAGUUCCUCCAAGCAGUCCUCAGGUGACCCCUGGCAAAAAAGAUUUUCCUGGGAGACCACCUGUUGUGGCAACAACAAAAAAGCGCACCUUCUUUGUAGAAUAUCACUUUCCUGUGGGCUUUUCCAAAAGUGGAGUGGGAAAAACAGCUUUGAUUACUGAGGUUGUUCGACUUGCCUCCAGUAAAAUUGCAGAUGGAAUGGUGAAAUUCCAGCAGCGAUCUGUAUUUCCACUGCAGUUUGGUGGCCCGAUGAUAGAACACUGGUGGAAUUCCAACCUUACUUUCCAAAUUUACACAAAGAAAGCCCCACAGAAAAAGCCAGAAGUCAUUGGUUCGGCGUCAUUGCCAUUGCGAGCUGUCAUUCAGUCUGAGCUACUUUCUUUCAGUGAUCAGCUUCCAGUGCAACAGGAAAAUGGUCAGACUCCAUUUGGCCCCUUCAAGGUAACUGUGGAACUUGUUCUAGAUAAUAAGGAUUCCACUGGUGGCAAUAAUAAAUCAAGUAACAGCACCCAACAAACUCAAUUUUGUGCCCUUACAAAUCCAGAUAAAACAUUACCAGAUCCUAGCCAGUGUGUUACCUGUAUCAAAAAUUCAGAGAAUCUAAAUCAAAUUCCUGAAGAAACUAUGAAGAAAACACAGAAUUUGGGACUUUCCUGCCCAAAUUCACCAAAUCCUAUUGUGCCAAAUCCUUCAAUGAAUGUGCUGGCCUCCCACAAUUUAGCAGACCAGACGAAUGGGUCAACAAAAGAGAAUGCUUUGCUGUUGCAUGUGCUAUUGAUGGUACCAGAUGGGAAAGAUUUCAUUACUGGAGAAUCUGAGAAGCAACCACCAUGCAAUAUUUAUUUAAAUUGCAAGCUCUUCAGCACUGAGGAAGUCACCAAAUCCAUCAUUGCCUGGGGUACAAAGGAGCCAGUCUUUAACUUUUCUCAGGUGAUUCCUGUCUCCCUUUCUUCCAAAUACUUGGAAAGGCUUAAGAAUAAUGUGAUGAUAAUUGAAACCUGGAAUAAGGUGCGGAAUCCAGGAAAAGACAAACUGCUUGGGCUGGUAAAACUCCCGCUCCAUCAGUUUUACAUGUCAUUCAAAGAUCCCAAGAUUUCUCGCCUGCUGCUAGAUGCUCAGUACCCAGUUGUUGCUGUUGACAAUUACAUGCCUGUAAUUGAUGUGUUCUCUGGCCACCAAAAUGGGAUUCUUCGAGUUUUUUUAGCCAUGGGUUCUUCAGAUCAGAUAAUAGCGCUACAAAGACUAAAGACUGAAGAGGGAGCACUUCUUCCCAUUACCCCUGGGCCAUCUCAUCUCCUGGACCAGCCACCUGUAGCAUCUGCAGUAACGGUGGAAGGCCAAGGAAAUGUACUGAUGGAACACCACUUUGAGCUCCAUGUAGAGAAGGUUAAAGGGCUUGCCCCUCUUCAGGCAACAGUCUGGGGAGAAGCAGAUUGUUAUGUCCAGUACUACUUCCCAGUUCAAGACUCACAAUCCAGUGUCCUGAAAGGACCUGAGUUUCUUGAAAAUGGGAUCACUCUGAAGCCUUUCAGAUCCACAACCACACUCUGUGUUCCAGAUCCCAUCUUUAAUAGUGAACACUGUCAUUCUCUCCUGCUACCAACUGAAGUUCCCGUGCAAAGACUCCUACUCGGUGCCUUCUCUGCACAGGGCCUCAUGCCUGGAGGUGGAAUACAGUUUGAAAUCUGGUGCAGAUACUAUUAUCCUAAUGUGAGAGACCAGAUGGUUGCCAAGGGAACCUUGCCAUUAUCAAGGAUCUGUUCUGUGGUAACCAUGCAGCACCAUGAGCAUGUGGGAAUACAGACCUUCAAUCUCCCUUUAACCUCCAGGCUUGAGAACAGGAAAGAACUAAACCACUCAUCAGGCUUACUGGAUGUGGGCCUGAGGUACAGAUGUACUCCAAGGACAGCACAGGGAGUGCUUGCUGCCCGAGCUGUUUCUAUCUCAGUCCAGAUUAUCAGAGCCUGUGGUCUGCAAGCAGCAGCCAAGGCUUUAGCUGAGCAGGAACCUGCCUUACAGUUCAGCGCCACAAUUGGGGUCAAUGCCUUUGUUACCACUCAUAUCUCCUUCCUGCCCAGGGGAGAACAGCGCAGAACACGCCCUGUGGCUUGUUCCUUCUGCCCUGAGUUCUCUCAUCACUUUGAGUUCCCAUGUAACUUAGUAACUCAGCACUGCAGUGGAGAGGCCUGCUUCCUCGCAGAGCUGUUAGAGUUUGCAGAGAUCACUUUUGCUGUUUAUCAUGAAGAUACCAAGUCAGCCAGUGCUAUACCCAGUAUCGAGUCAUUCAAAGAUUAUCUGCUUGGAGUCGUAAAGAUUCCAACAAAAGAGCUGCUGGUCAAGAGAUCUGGGAUCACAGGAUGGUAUCCUAUCAUUUUACCAGAAGAUGGGAUGCUGCCUCAUGGUUUGGAUCUCAUGCAGAAGAUUGUGGGUGGUCUGGAGCUUUCCAUUUCCUUCACCCACCCUGGAGACAGAGAACGGGUAUUGGAAGCUGCCGAACUAUUGGGCUGGAACUUUGAGAAUAAGCUGAAGGAUUUAGUCAAGGUGGAUGAAGAAGAGCCAGCCACCAUCACCAUCUCCACCCCAAGGCUCUGGCUACCUAUUCAUUGUGUGUUGUUUGCUGGCCAGACACAUAUCCAUAAAAACACAUAUUGCUACCUUCGCUAUAAACUAUAUGAUCAUGAAGGUUUUUGGACCCCUCUUAAGAAACCUAAGGAAUGCACAAGCAAAAAGCAGAUCAUGGUUACUUUCAAGGCAUCCAAAAGAGCAGAAGUCACUAAAGGCCCAUCAUUACUUUGGUACUUCAGGGAAGAGAGGUUAGAAAUCCAAGUAUGGCGGGCUUUUGGCAAUGACAGUGUGGAGAGACCCCAUCAAACAGACAGCUGGAUUGGCUCAGCCUAUGUGGACCUGGCCAGACUUGGAGAAAGGUCAGCACGGACACUAACCAUCAGUGGUGUGUAUCCUCUGUUUGGACGAAAUGCUUCCAAUCUCUCAGGAGCUGCCCUGCGAGUUCAUGUUGUCCUUUCCUCUCUUUCUUCACUUCCUGGACCUACUCAUGAACUGGACUCCAUGGACUGCAGCAGCCACAGUGAGUCUGAGCAGCUUCCCAGGAAGAGUGAUGAUACUCAGCUCUCUCCAUCACGUGAGCCCCAGAAGUCUUCUGCCUCUGCCCAUAUCCCAUACAGCAGCACCUCAACAGAAAUCUGCCCAGUCCAGGAGGACCUGGCUGAGUCAGAGGGAACUUUUGCAGUCAACAUCCUGGUAGAAAGAGCAAUGCACUUGAGUUUGAAAGGUAGUCCCUUGACAGAGCGGAAAGUAUCUAUACCCAGUUGUUGUGUAUCAUAUGUAACAGCAGACGAGCCAUCUCCUACCUACACCCAAGUGAUUGAAAACACUGAUUCCCCCAUCUGGAAUUUUCAACAACAGUCAAGGCUAUCAAAAGAGCUUCUUCUGGACCCAAAGCAAACACUGGUCUUCAAAAUUUGGCAUAAAGGAGAUGAAGAAAGGGUGAUUGGCUUUGCCUCCGUGGACCUCUCCCCACUUCUCUCUGGCUUCCAGUUUGUCUGUGGCUGGUACAACAUCACUGACUUCAGUGGAGAGUGCCAAGGGCAGAUAAAAGUUGCUAUCUCCCCUUUGGAGAACUUGAUGCACUUUAAAGAAGAAAGGCAAGCAAGACGAAACUUAGAGACCCCUGGAACACUGAUCCCUGUAUACAAUUCCUUUUCAUUCCCUGCCUCUGAUAUGUAUUCUAUAUUCCCCCAAUACAUUGCAAGACAGACUCCAGAACACCUUGUUCCCACCUCUUCAAAGGAACUUGAUUUUUCCUCUGCUGGGAGAAGUGGUAUAACAAGAAGCCAGGCAUCACGCCAUGAAGAGCAUGUGCAGAACAUCCGGCGGUUUCAUGAAUCCUUGCAGCAGGGAGAGGCAAUCUUGCCAAGUGAUGACAAACUGACCAUGUCCCCUUCAUCCUCCAAUACAUCCAUCCUCAAUUCUCUCAGAAAGAAUCUAAGUGAACUAGAUCAGAUCCAGCGGUACUUCAACCAGAAGCUCACCAAGCCUUUACCUCCCCUUAGUUCUCCGGCUCCUGGUGCCGUCCUGCCAUGCCAGGAGAGCCGUGAGGAGCAACUUGGGCCAGGAGCCAGUGGUGGCAUAGGCCCUGAGAGCCAGGGCUUACUGGAGAAAUCCAAUAACUUGGUGUUGCAAGUCAGCUCCUUAAUUACAGAUCUGCAGACUAUCACCAGGAAUUCUCAAGCAUCUUUGAGUUCUCACCGAGCCAGGAAUAGAAGCAGAGAGGCCACCACACUCCCAGAUGCUCAGACCACAGAAGCCAUGCACGAACGAAGCACAGCUCCAAAACUGUCAUUGGCAACUGCUCCAGAUGAGGACACAAAUCCCCCAACUCCCCCAAAUCUGAAAGAGACUUCAGGUGAAAGAGAAAUGCUCCCUGAGUCCCUGGAACACACAGUGCCCAUUACAAUGAUGCAGAACAGGGAGGACACUGAGGCAGGCCUGGCCUGCAGUGAUGAAGACUAUGAAGAAGACAUCAUUGAGCCCAGGACCCUCAAUGAGAUCACCACUGUGACAGAUAAAACUAGUCCUUGGUCCAGUUUUGUGUCAGAUACAAGUGAGAUCAUUAGUCUACAGCCCAGUGAGGUUCAGAAGAAAUACCCCUCAUGUCCUUCUCCAGAUCCUUGCUCCAGAGAGGAGCUCACAGGCAGAAGUAACUUUCUGUCCAGCCCAGAAAGGGCUGUCAAACCUCACCUAACUAGGGAGGGUUCUGUUAGCCAGAGUCUUGUUCCUUAUGAGAGUGAUGUUUCUAAGGCCAGAGUUGGAGAGCCUGCUUCUCCAAUCUCUCAGCUCCUUUCAUGCCCAACACCCCCACAAACUGAGCAGAGCAACUCCUUUAUUGAUUGGAGCUCACCACUGGCACAUCAGGACAAGGAACCCAAGCCAGAGAUACAGACUGAGAAUGAAGCUGCCUCCAGUGAGCUAAGUGACUCUGCUGAUAGCUUCGAUCUAUUUCCUCUACGUGUAGCCUCCCAGAGCAGAAAGGAAAAUCAUAAGGAGCCACCCAUCAGCAGCUCUAACAGUAGGCCAAAGCAGGCAACAUCCAAACCAGAGGUGGCCACCAGGCAGAGCCUCCUUCUCCCAGAGCCCAUUGUGCCCAACUUCUUUUUGCCUCCCCAGCAGCUGGAGGCCUCCAUGCGGAUGCUCUCACUCUCUGCAGCUUUGCCAUCACCAGUCACAAUAGAUCAGGACAAGACUGAAGCUACCAGCAGAGCCCUGUCUCGCAGACCCUGUCGCCCCAGACCUAACUUGCUGCCUCCCAACCUGCCUGAGGAACAGACUCGUAGGAUCGCACGGAUAUUUUCUUCCCAGUACUCCCAGAAAAACUAAGAACAAGAAACUGAGGGGAGGACCCACCUGCUCUACCUCCACUGAGUUUGACUUGGCUCUGUCAGAGCCCCGACACCACCAGCCCAGUCCACAGGUUCCUUGAGACCCAGACUACCCCAGCUAAAGGAGAACCCCAAACUAGCCUGUGUCCACCUGCUGGUACUGCAGCUACCUCCUUCUGUGGUUGGGCAGAGGCUAGAAACAGUGGCCCCAAGUGGCCCACCCAUUUUAGACCAAGAGACUGAAACUGCCAUCUUUGGCUGAAAAACUUCCCAGUGUUCUUGGCAUCACCUACUACUAACACGAGCCCACCAUAUGCCCAAGUCUGAUGGCUAUUUUUGCCUUAAAAGUGUAUGGGUUUUUUUUUUGUGUGUGUGUGUGUGUGUGUGUGUGUGUGUGUGUGUUUUGGGGGGUGGUGUAGGGGUAUAGACUGUACAGUGUGCAUAGUUGGGGAAAUCCUAGGGCUCUCCAUUUGCUUGGGAAUAAGGGCAUCUUAUAGAUAUGAAUUAUUUUUCUUUUGUGUUGAAUUAAUAGGAAAAGAGGGGGAAGUCACCUCCUUCAAAGGUUUAUCUGAUUAUCUGAAAUUCUAACCAUGCUUUUAAUUUAUUGUUUUUACCCAUCUCUGACAUUGUUCCUGUCUUUGUUUUAAUAAAUUCACAUUGGCAUUUGUA